UACUCAAUACUCAUUGUUCAAAUUCAUUUCAAAAUUGAAUUUUUCUCAUAAAUCAUCUUCCUUACUAAUCAACGUGAUAUACCUCACUAAUCUCAUUUACGUUUAAUAAAUUAUUACUUAUGUCUCUCUCAAGUCUCAAAACAAAACCUAAUAGUGGUCAAAAUGGGAAAAUGCAAAUUUUAAUGAAACUUAUUUUUUAAUUUGUUUUUUUUUUUUUUUUUUGGCAAUGACCCAAUAUUUUUCUACCGUAAUUAAUUCCACCCUCUUUAUAAAUAGACCAACAUCUCUAACUUAUUUAUAUUUUACAUACCAACUCCUAAAACACCUUCAAAAAAAAAAAUACAUACCAACUCCCAAAACACCUCUACUAGUCGUACUCGCUCCCAAAUUCGUCACACCACUUACCAUUCAAACUUCCGCCAUCAACACUCGACCCGACCGACCCGUUCAAGUCAAAGCCCGAUGGGCUUCCCAACCGGGUAUGCCCAAGAAUUCCUCCCAAAAAUCUUCAUAAACUCCCUUUCUCUCUUCAAUUUCCUCCAACCUUUCAUCCUCAAUCUCUCAAGAUUCUCGGGUCUCUCCCAUUUCCUCGAACCCGAUAUCUUCUGGCCCGAACCCGGGCCCGAAUCCAAGCCCGCAACCGCCACCAUUAUCCAAGAAAUGCUACCCGUGAUGAAAUUCAACGACGUGGUAUGUUCAUUUUCGCCCGGGUCAAACCAGGCCGAGCAAUGCGCGGUUUGUUUGUAUGAUUUCCGAGAUCACGAGGAGAUCCGACGGCUGACAAAUUGCGGGCAUAUAUUUCAUAGAGCGUGUGUGGACCGUUGGAUGGAUCAUGAUCAGAUUACGUGUCCUCUUUGUAGGACAGCCUUUGUGCCAGAUGAGUUGAUGGAGGUUUUUCAUGAAAAGCUUUGUGCUGCUUCUGUUUCUGCUAUUCCUGAAUUUGGUGGGGAGUUUUCUGUAAUUAAUAAUUUCUUGUAGAUUUUUUGGUUUUUAUUUUCUUAGAUUUCUUUUUAGGUGUAUUAAUAUGAAAUGAACUUAUAAUUGUACAAUUGUAUACAGUAAUCAGAGUUCUUAUAUGUUAAGGCUAAGAACAAUUCAAUUUUGGUAAUUGUAGGGUAUGAAUGUAUGAUGGGUUAAUUAUAUGGUAUCAUUGAUAGUA